AUGCGGAAGAACAAUGAUUUGCAGAUUGAUCCCAAGAAGAGAGGGGAUGAUGCGCAGGAACCGAGAAGAGUAACGCCCAGUCCACAAAGCGAAGAUGGUGGUCACCACACCUUCCUCCCUGGCUCACCUCCUUCUUCGGCUUCAAGAGGAGGCGAUUUUGCUCAUCACAUACCACCGAAAACACCGGUAGCCCUUAAGGGAUACCAACAGCUAAACCUCUCUCCAACCAAUAUGAUUGCGGAAGACCAGGCAUAUGCCAAAAUGAACGACGAUCGUAUCCUUCACGACGAUGAAUUUUACAGGAAUGCAACCCCCCAGGAAAAGGCCCAAAUCGAUCGAUGCGUUUACUUCUUGUAUGGUCGCAAGUUUUUUUGGCGUCACAUCGACGGAUCCGGGCAGAAGCUCCCCGUGGGCCGUGACGUCCGAGUUCGUCUUAUCAAGGAGAUGCUGCAAGAUCCGGAAUAUCGCCGACGAUUGGUGCAAAUUAUGGAAUGUACCGGAGACAAUGACCGGACCGUAGAUACCGUGGACCGGACCCGAUUCUACACUUUUGCCGCGUCGUUUUUGCGGUUUGUGGCUAAUGCCGAGGAACGGAAGAAGGAAGAAGGACCCUACAAGUCGCACGGCUUCCUCGAAGUAAUGACGCAGCUUGUCCUUUUUCUGCGUUACCAGACAUUUGGAAUAUGCUACCUUCUCGCAGCCUGCACGGCCUAUGGCUAUCAGAUGCAGAAAGAUCGGACCGGCGAAAUCCUUCCUCCCGCAACGCCCGAUGCCUCGCAACUUGCUCGACGCACUAUGGAUGAUCUAAAGCUGUACAAUGUCGUCACGCUAAAGGGAGGCGGUACAGUCGCCGAAACUUUGGCAUAUCUCAAUGGGGACAAAUGGGAAUGGCCUGGCUCUUUCACAUCUGUUUGGUUUGGAGACAAACGUCGUCUUUUGGAUGUAAUGGAGGGGGAAGCUCUUCGUGAUCUCGAGGAAUACGGAGUUGGUUUGCUGGAUAAUUUUAACAUUCAGCAGGGUUUCGACUCGUGCGAACGUCAAUCAAUGGAAUGGUGGCGGGAUCAUACGCAAGGACAAGGAGGAAAACGAAUUCCACCGCCGCCGCCAGGAGUGUGGGUCUUGGAUGGUGGCAAGGACGCAGAAGGCAAGUUUACUUGCUUCCCUCUCCCGGCCGAAAGCGAAGCGGAAAUGAUCGAUAAAAUGUGGACAAACAGCGGACAGCAGGGCGCCUUGCCUCUCGGAGCAGGGGCACCACCGCUCGCCCAUCGGGAACACCGCACAAACAUCCAGCCACAAGCCGGGGAUGUGGACAACUUCACCUCUUCAUUGCCGCCUCCGCCGCCUCCUCGGCAGCUUCCCCGGCCUCAUACCACCGAACGUAGUGGCAACAGGGGCUUGGCACAUGCUAUGAUUGUCUUGUAUGCCUACAGGAAGGGCGAGGGAAAGAAUUCCAAAACGUUCUUUCUGGUUCAGAACACGUGGGAGAAUCUGCCGUUGGUCGUGAUGACGGGCGAAUAUUUGAGAGCCUGCGACGCAUACGUUUCCUUCAACACAAGCAAGCUCGGCAGGUCCUUUUGUGGAAAGCAAACUUCUCUGCCGGUUACCUCGUGCUCCCUGCCCGAGACUGCCUCGAUGGCUUUACCGGUAGAGCAGAUGUUGCCUCACCGACUUCCGAGGGGAAGUUAG